AGACGGUCUAUGCAACACCCGGCGUACCGCGUGUAUAUAGGCAUGGAGCGGGGUUGGUACAUAAUUUUAGGACUGAUGAUGUUGCACUAUGCGACUCUUAUCUUGACGGUUCAUGCAAGCAAGGAAGCGUGUGAGGUGUGUGAGUGUAGCGACCACGGGACUCGCAUAGACUGCAGUGAUAGAGGUCUGAUGGAGUUACCGAAGGGGAUACCAAACGACACCAAAGUCCUAAACCUUGCCGAGAAUGCCUUGAAGGAGAUACCUAAGCAUGGUUUCUUGGACCUUCCGCACCUUAUUGUGCUCGAUUUGACUGGCAACAGCAUUGACAAGCCUUUCGAAAUUCCAGAGUCUGUGAUGAUGUUACACGCUCGUGGAAAUCAACUGCAAGACAUCGACUUGGUCAUGAAAAAUGGAGUCCAGCUAAAAACAGUGGAUUUCGAAGACAACAGAAUGACGGCUAUUGGUAGAGACACCUUUGCAAGAUGUACAAAGUUGACAAAUGUGAAUUUAAGAGGGAAUGACGUGACUAGUAUUGAAGCGGAUGCAUUCAAGAGUUGCACCAAACUUCGAUAUUUAUUACUGGAUAAAAACAAGAUAUCAACCAUAUCAGCCAAGGAAUUGACUGCCCCGAAGGACAUGGACACAUUGGGUCUUGCCGAAAAUAAGUUGAAGGAGCUCGGCCCAGAUACCUUCAAAGGACUGCAGAUCCGAGAAGUGUGGAUGGACGACAACGAUGUGCAAGUGUUAAAGGCACACACUUUCGGCGGAGUCAUCUCCUCCAUAGUUUUGGAUAACAAUAGAAUUCUCGAGAUUCCAGCUAGUUUAUUUGUGGAUCCCUCGAACAAACAACACAGGAAAGAAAUCGAGAGAUUUUAUUGUCAAGAAAACAGGGUUAACCGAGUCGCCAUUGGAGCUUUUCAAGGUGUUAAUAGGUUCAACAAAUUGUUAAUGCGGAACAAUCGCCUAACGACUCUACCAGAGGGUUUGUUUGACACGAAGACUGAAAUCGGGCAGUUGUUGAUAGCCGAUAACCACCUAGAUUUUCUACCAGAGAAUAUUCUAGUCAACACAACAUUAACCGAAGUUCUUGAUAUUGGCUUCAAUCGUCUCACAUCCAUCCCCGAUGGCUUAUUUCGCAACCAGACCAAGCUACGGACACUUUUCAUGCAACGCAAUAACAUCAGUGUCAUUACCAGAGGAAUGUUUAAGGAUCUUCACUCUCUGGAAGUACUAUCCGUAUUUGGCAAUCCUCUCCUUGCGCUACAAGCCUGGCAUUUCUAUAACACGCAGCUCACAAAUGUAUACAUGUUCCAAAACAACCUUUCUUCGAUCGGAGAGAGACCAUUUGCCACCGUCAAUAACACAAUCAAACAGGUAUCGUUGUAUGGCAGUCAUUUGACAACGAUUUCCGAUCUCGUAUGGCAAGAUUUGGGCACCAACUCCUAUGUGGCUGUCGAUAGCACCCUCCAGUUUGCGCCUGUCACAUGCCGGACUGACCUGGAAAUUGAACAGGUUGGUGACGGGUUUGCCCUACCGAUACUUGUAUCGGAGGAAAUCGCAAAACAAUUCAAUAAGUCUGGAUUCUCCUGUUCAAGACGAGACUUAAAACUUGAUUCGUGGCGAUGUGUGCCCUGUGCCCAAGGAUAUUAUGGAGAUCCUUUGAACCAUGUACGCUGUAAAGCAUGCCCAGCUGGAGGCUUUUACCAAAUCAAGACUGGACAAGUAGCAGAUACAUCACAGCCCAUCAAGUGUCAAAAAUGCAACAAUGGAACCUACGUCACCCCAGCUACUCACCCUGGUAUCAGCCCCGCAGAUUGCACCGUGUGUCCUACAGGUACCAAUAAAAGAAUUCAUGCAGGGUUCCGCGCAUGCUUUUGUCUCGAUAAGUACUACCGGAAAGAUCGGUUUGAUGAGUGUUAUCCUUGCACAGACGAAGGUCUUGACUGUUCAGAGGAGUAUCAACACCUCUUACCUGGAUUUUGGUGGACUUGGGAAUGGGGCUCAAAAGACAACUACAAAGCAUAUCAAAAUUUCGUUGUAAACAUCAGGAGCAGAAGUGAUUCCUACAAAAGCAGCACGCAGCAUUUUAAGGGAGUGUUGCCUAAGGUACAUCCGUGUCCACGUAAGGAGUCUUGUUUAAAUGAAGGUGAUGGUAUCAAUGUCACUUGUGAGGUUGGUUAUGAAGGUUGGCUUUGCUCUGAAUGCAGUGUGGGGUACUAUGCGUGGUUUGAUCGUUGUCAUGUGUGCCCAAAGUGGUGGUGGUUCUUACUUGAAGUCGUUCUGUUGUUGGUCGUGUUGGCAGUGGUAAUACUCGUCAUCGCUUGGGAUGUGCGGAGAAAUCGGGAAAGAGGACGGUCAGCCGUUGAUGUGAUCUUUGCACGGGGGAAAAUCUUGCUGGGUUUCUAUCAGGUGAUGGGCGAGAUAUUCUCUGCCCUCGACGAGAUUCCUUGGCCGAAUAUUCUGACCAAGUUUGGGUCAGUUUUGAAAAUACUGGAGAUGAAUAUCGUCCAACUGGUCAUCAGUCCCCGCUGCUACUUUCCAGACUUUGCUUACCGCAAUGUGUACAUUGAGUAUUUGUUUGGGAUGAACUUAGUUGCAUUUGUUAUGUUGUCAGCAUUGUGCGUCUAUUGGGCCUCAAAAUGCUACUUGGUGGUCAAGAAAUACACUAUUGAAGAGCGUGUCAAGGUAUUGUCAACUACGAGGCAGAAAUGUUACCUGUUUGUUAUUAUGCUUCUCUUCACGUCCUAUCCUGGCUUGUCCGGUGUUAUAUUCACUCUUUUGCCUUCUGGCUGUGACCUGUUCUAUCUAGAUGAGGACGAGACAUACAAUGCUACAAGACUUCGAUCCGAUUACUCUAUCGACUGUCAAGAUGAGCAGCAUGUUCAUUUCAGCCAUGCUGCCGAGGCUUCUCUCUGUUAUGUUGUUGGCUUCCCAUCCUUGCUGUUAAUACUUCUGUGGAAAAGUAACAAACAAAACAAGAGGAAGAAAUCGCAGGAUCAGCCUUUGCUUGAAUCGUCAGCAGAUGAUUCGAGUUACUGCAGCAUCAAUGAUCCAACUAUGCUGCCAAUGAAUGAAGAUGAUUCCACACUUAAUCAACCAGGCACCAACCUCCUAAAUCCCAUACAGCAAAGUCAGGUGGAGAUCAGCUGGAUAAGUUUCCUCGCUGGAAACUACAAAGCAGAGUUCUGGUACUGGGAAAUUGUUGAGCUUUCUCGCAAGAUCAUCCAAACACUAUUUGUUCUGCUGUACGGUCCAUAUGAUCACUUCACCAUGUUUGCAACCAUCGCCAUAUCUGUUGGGUUCCUAUUCCUUCAUGCAUAUGUGAGACCGAUGAAAGAUGCCACCGAUAACCGUCUACAGAUGUGUUCCCUCGCAACCAUUUUCCUAAAUCUCCUGGCAGCUUCCUUGCUCCUGUCUCAAACUGGAGGUGGUACAGAGAGAACCGAAGUCCUUGCAGUUAUCCUUGUUCUGAUGAACUUCAGCAUCAUUGUGUUUAUAAUAGUAAGUCUCCUCUGGAUGGUGAUGAAGUCACUGUGGCGCUCUGGUUGCUGUGGUAGUAUGGCAACAUGCAUCGUUAAGGCCUGCUGCUGGUUUUGUCGAAACGAGUCACUGGACAGGGAAGGCAGAGGCAGACGUCUUGUGAUGGCGAGCGUGGGAGAUCAUUCCCUUGAUGUUGAUGAAGACUAUGUGGAAAGGCCUUACGAAGAUAUCAUAUCAGAGCAUCAUGAGCUUGAGUAAAUUACAACUUGUUCAUAAGUUCAGAUUAAAAAAGCCAAGCAGAUUAUUUGGGUUUAUUUUGUAUAGGUCACUUGUAAUCACGUGUAAUUGCAGUGGAGGUGGGGGAAUUGGAGUGCCAGAAAAGAGGAUUUUUUUGGGGGGCGACAUGAUCUUUAAGUUUGUUUUGUAUAGUUUUGGUGCAGAUCAGCUCUGUAUAUUUUUAAUGGUAGUGGGAGCUUAAAAGAUGUUGAAUUAGUAAAAUUUGCGGAUUUGGGGAGAUUAUCAGAUAUUCCUUUGAGAUAAUUGUGUUAUUAAAGUGUAGUUAUUAUUUGCAUCAUGGACAGAUAAUGGUCAUACAUAUUUGAUAAAUGUCAGAAAAUGGUUGCCUGGUUGCCUUCUGUUUCCAAUCAACCAGUUGUAAAUGUGUAAGUAGGGUAUGAAGGGUAUUGUGACAACUGUGACAUCUUCAGACUUGUCUCCCCUUUUAGACAUCCCAUGUUUGUAUUUAAUAAAAUCUGGUUGUACAGGACAUCACUGUCAUUUGGGGUAAAUUAAAUUAAUUACAAUUAAAUUAGCAGCAAGUGCACAAGUAAACUUAAAUAAGAGCAUGACAGAUAGACAAAUAGGUAGUAGCUCAAAGUCAUUUAAGGCAAGAAAUGGCAUGCUUUAACCAAAGCACUUUUCUGUUGUGUAUGUGACAUUCAUGAAAACGUAUGAUUAUUUUCAGAGCCCCGUCUAUUUUUCAGCUUAAUCUCAACCCGGGUAUAGUUGUUUCUUUACUUACCUUUGUAAAUUAUUUCAAUUAGCGAAGCGCCUUCUAAUGUUUGUUCGGUAUUUCGCGCUUCCACCCUCCCGUCAUAUUAUUCUUCACCAAAGACUCAACCACAUCGUUUCGUAUUCACUCUUUACAGGUUAUAAUUACCUUUAUUAGGUUGAACGCGUAAUAACGGGUCUUAACCUUAAGAUUUCGCGACGGUCCUUGAGCUCGUUGCGAUAGUUAGAUCGUUUUUGUUUGGGUAUAGCACAUAAUUUCUUAAAGGCUGUAAGAAGGAGAACAUACGUGAAUUAAGGAACAUAUAUUUUAUUAUUUUGGAAGACUUUUAUUUCGACACUGUAACAACGCGAAUUUCACGUGCGUCAUGAUUUUGUUUUGUUUUUGGCUUGACAUCGGUAACGAAAAUAUUCAUAAAACUUUAAGCAAACCACUCCUUCGGAAAGAUAUAUACUUGCUACAAAAUAUUGUUAAAAAGCAAAUAGUCCAGAAUAUAACAGAUGGUAUUGUACAGUAUUUUCCAACAUAUAUAUGAAGUAUUUACCCGGGGAAAAACGUGAAAUGUGACACCUUUUUCGAUGAGUUAUAUUUGUAUUUUUAUAUUACAUUUGUUUUUAUUUGAUAGAUUUUGUGUGUGUGUACGCAAACAAGUGGUGUUUUUUGGGGUUUUUUUUGGAAUUCAGUUGUUGAUAUCUUUUUAUGGUUAUUCACGUGUUUUUAUACAUAUUUUCAUUCCUCAUUUACUUUUAAAAACUUCACACUGAGAACACCGUGUACCCAAAUCUCGUUUUUAAUGAGGCUUUCGUCGAAAACUCGUCAGAAGAGGUGUUCCCGAACCCAAAAAAAAGGGCUGCGGAUAAGUAAAGUGUCCACAGCGUUUAUCAGCUUGUGAAAAGCGAUUGCGCUUAAUUGUUGUGAGAAGCGAUUACGCUACUUAUUGUAUAGAUAUCCGUAACCCGGUAAUGAUAAUAAAAAAAUCUUAGUUAUUAUUAUUUUCAUUAAUAAAUAUGAUUAUCAAACCAUGGUUGCGUACCUUGACCUGAUUAGAACUGACAGCAUGUAACUUGUAUAUGUGAUUGUUAAACCAUGCUUGUUGGACUGUCUCAUUUGAAUGAAUAGUGAGUGACCACGG